GGGUGAGUCUAAAUAAAUAAAUCGGAGAAGAAGAAGAAAUAACAAGUGCCUGACUUUCUCUCUACGACACAAAUCGAAGGCUUCUCUCUCUCUACUUUUCGACACAAUGGUUCUCGAGGCGACUAUGAUAUGCAUCGAUAACUCCGAGUGGAUGCGAAACGGAGAUUACUCUCCGUCUAGGUUACAGGCUCAAACGGAAGCUGUUAAUCUUCUAUGCGGGGCGAAAACCCAGUCGAAUCCGGAGAAUACGGUGGGGAUUUUGACUAUGGCAGGGAAAGGAGUUAGAGUUUUGACAACGCCUACCUCUGAUCUUGGCAAAAUUUUGGCGUGUAUGCACGGCCUCGAUGUGGGAGGAGAGAUUAACUUAACAGCAGCGAUCCAGAUUGCUCAGCUAGCUCUUAAGCAUCGGCAAAACAAGAAUCAACGCCAAAGGAUUAUUGUUUUUGCUGGAAGUCCAAUCAAGUAUGAAAAGAAGGCCUUGGAGAUAGUUGGGAAAAGGCUCAAAAAGAAUAGUGUCUCUCUUGACAUUGUCAAUUUUGGAGAAGAUGAUGAUGAGGAAAAGCCUCAGAAACUGGAGGCCCUCUUGACAGCUGUGAAUAACAACGACGGUAGCCACAUUGUCCAUGUUCCAUCUGGAGCCAAUGCCCUCUCAGAUGUGCUGCUCAGCACACCUGUAUUCACUGGUGAUGAGGGUGCAAGUGGGUAUGUUUCUGCGGCAGCUGCUGCGGCAGCCGCAGGUGGGGACUUUGACUUUGGUGUGGAUCCAAAUAUCGAUCCAGAGCUUGCUCUCGCCCUUCGCGUUUCCAUGGAGGAGGAGAGAGCAAGGCAAGAGGCUGCUGCUAAGAAGGCAGCGGAUGAGGCAGGACAGAAAGACAAAGACGGAGAUACAGCUUCUGCCUCACAGGAGACGGUUGCUAGGACAACUGAGAAGAAUGCUGAACCAAUGGAUGAGGACAACGCAUUGCUAGAUCAGGCAAUUGCUAUGUCGGUAGGUGAUGUAAACAUGUCAGAAGCGGCGGAUGAGGACCAGGAUUUGGCUUUAGCUCUGCAAAUGUCAAUGAGUGGGGAGGAGUCAAGUGAAGCUACAGGUGCUGGAAACCUCUUAGGAGAUCAAGCUUUCAUAUCAUCUGUUCUCUCAUCGCUUCCAGGGGUAGAUCCAAAUGAUCCGGCGGUUAAAGCGCUGCUAGCGUCUCUGCCAGACGAAUCAAAGCGUAACGAGGAGGAAGAGAGUAGUAGCAAAGGUGAGGAUGAGAAGAAAUGAAGAAGGGGAAGAAGACAUAUCAUCAAUGGCUCUCAAUAAAAUUUCUCUCGUCUCUUUGGUUUGAUAGAGAGAUUUUAUGAGACUGAUGAAGAGCAACUCUUAUUAUUCUCUCUGUCUUACGAUAUGUAUGACUUUUGUUUCGUCUCUCGCUUUUUCUUUAAUCCCUUAUAUAUUAUUAUUAGAUUUUAACUUUACAUCGCCACAUUUUUUACAAGAUUUUCAGGAUUUGUCAACUCUUUAAAUCCCAACAAACCGAUCCCAAUAAA